UGUAAAGAUGCCUACAACAGAUGAGAUACGGUUGAGUCCUAAAUGCUUCAAGAAGAUGGAAAAUCUUAAAAUCUUUAUAAACGUCAAUGGGCGGUUUAUUGGAAAGGUCAAGCAUUACCCGAAUCAGUUGCGGUUACUUGAUUGGCCUCAAUGUCCUCUAGAAUAUUUGCCCUCCAAUUUUGAUAUGAAGAAAAUGGUGCAGCUUAAUAUGGGUGGCAGCCGCAUAACACGUCUUAAAGGAGGAUUCAAGAGUAUGCAGAAUCUGACAUCCUUAAAUUUGUGUGGAUGUCAUUUCCUAACACAAAUCCCCGACAUGUCGGGAAGCCCAAACUUAGAGUUCCUGGAUCUAAGUUGGUGUUCAAGUUUAGAGAUGGUUCACCCUUCGGUUGGAAACCUCAAAAAGCUGGUUACGUUGAAUCUUUACAACUGUUGUAACCUUGUGAAGCUGCCUCCAGAAGUCAACUGCAGAUCCCUCCAACAACUUGAUCUUGGCGAUUGCAGAAAGCUGGAGAGUUUCCCUGAAAUUGUGGGAGAGAUGAAAUGCAUGAAAUCCUUGAGUCUACGGUACACUGGCAUCAAAACAUUGCCGUCAUCCAUUCGGUAUCUAAUCAACCUUGAAAAGUUGAGUUUAAAUUUAUGUAGAGACCUCACAGAUCUACCUCGCAGCAUUUAUGAACUGCAAAACUUGGAGGACUUUGACUUGGCGGAGUGCCCAAAACUCGUAACAUUCCCAACUAAGGUGGACUUACCUGACGGCGGUGACUAUUUACCAGGAUGCAAUUCAUCUAAAAUUGAUUUCCUGGGGUCCACUUUAGUUUAUCUUAAUUUAUCCGGAUGCCCCUUUGUUACUCUUCCCGAAUGCAUCAAGGAAUUUUUCAACUUGUCAAGACUCAUUUUGAGAGGCUGCACAAGGCUUGUGGAAAUUCCCGAGCUUCCAGCAUUGAUUACAGAGUUGGAUGCGAGCGAUUGCGUAUCGUUGGAAAGAAUUUCAAAGCUAUCAAACAUUUUGGAGCGUAAAGAAUCUCAAAUGAUCGAGAGGAUGUACUUGACUAAUUGUUGGAGACUCUGUCAAAAUUUAUUGGCUGAGAUGGCGGCAAGCAAGGAAGAUGAUGAUCUCUUCUCUCGGCUCCUAUGUUCUCAGCUGUCCGACUUCGAAAUUAUAUUUCCAGUUCCAAGAAGCAAGAUUCCAAAAUGGUUCAGCUGUCAAAUGGAUUUCAUGGGGCAUCAACGGUUUGAGUUUUGGAUUGAAGCACUUCCAAAUUUCAAAUGGGACAACAACACAGGAUUGGCUUUCUGUGUUGCUCUUGAUGGACCAUAUCAUUGUCGUUUUGUCGACUCUUUUCAUUUGUGGAUUUACAUCAAUGAAGUGCGUGUUUUGUAUUCUGAUGUAAAUUAUUCUUCUAGAGGUUAUUAUGGCACAAGAGAGUCGAAUCAUGUAUCGGUGGGAUACAUUUCAUUCGCUGAAUUGUGGCGAUGUGGUUAUAUGCGUCCCCUGCCACCCUUUAACUGUCGAGUCGUUCUUCAUCCUUUACCUGACAGAUUCUCCGACCACUUUAAAUUUAAAAGCUGUGGGGUCCACCUUAUAAUGCCUCCAAAUGAAGACGUUUGUAUGAAGCUAAUCCGUGCAGAGAAUCUCACCAGUGAACGUUCUGAUGAUGAUGAUGAUGAUGAAGUUGAUUCUAGUAAGGGCAACUGGGAAAGAUAUCGUCCCAAACACAGGAAGGAUUGCAAAGAGUUAUAUACUGAUGCACUACAGCAGAACCAAGAGCAGUAAUUAUUACUAAUGCAGCAAAGCAUUGUGUUUAUAUGGACCGAUGUGACGAAUACAGGUAUUGUGUAUCGAGUUUCCUCCGGUGGAACCAUACACUAUUUCACUUCAUAACCAGUUCAUCAGUUGAAACUUUGCAUAUGCAUGUUCAUUGGCUGUCAUAUUCGAAGCUACUAAAAGGUUUAAAUAACAAGUUGGGGUAUCAGAAGAAGGUCUUCCAGAAGAUGAAACCACCUUGCCUUCACAAGUUUCACUUUAAAAAGCAUGUCUAUGAUGCUGCCAUUCAAAUGGGUUCAACCAUCAGAAGCCGUGGUGUCAAUCCUGUGGUAUAUAUGGAUCAAAUUGCCCCAAAUGGAUUAUUGCAUUGGAGGCCUGUAACAGCCAGGCCAUCACAUACGUUCCGCUUUAUGACUCCCUCGUUGAGUUCAUUAUCAACCAUGCUGAAGUUUCAAUAGCUUUUGUUC